AUGGAACGAAAUGUCGCUCAAGCUGCGCGGGACAAAGACUGGGAGGAGGUUCGACGACUGGUUGAACAAGGAGAGAACGUGAAUGCUGUGGAUGGAGGUGUUAGACGUACAGCUCUACACUAUGCCGUCAUGUUUGGAAAUCCCGAGAUUUGUUCGUUCUUGCUGUCACGAGGUGCGAACGUCAAUCCGACAGAUAAGGAUGGAAAUGAGCCUCUUCAUGCCGCUGCUCGUCGUAAGAAUGCUGAUAUUUGUCAACUGUUAGUUGAUCACCAAGCCAAUGUUACUUCUCGUAACAAUGACGGAGAUACCCCUCUUCUCAUAGCUGCUAAAUGUUCAAAUGAUUCUAGGGCUCUGUGGCGUCCACUGGUAACAAAGGAAAGUGUGAAUUUAGCAGAUCGUCAUGGUAACUGCGCUCUCUACAUAGCCAUUACAAGAGGUCAUAGUCAGGUUGUUCAGAUGUUAGUGGAUUGUGGAGCUGAUAUGAAUGCAGUGAAUGAAAGUCAACAAACACGACAAUUACAUACAGCAGCCAGUGGAGAGAAAGACUGUCCUGAAUUGUGUUCUGUUUUACUUGAACACAAAGCCAAGAUUGAUGCAGUGGAUGAAGAUGGCAACCAACCACUACACUGGGCAUGUAAACAAGGUCAUACAAAAACUUGUUGGCUAUUACUCUCUAGGGGAGCAAAUGUGAAAGCAGUGAAUAAAUAUGCAAAAACACCACUACUUAUAGCAGCCGGUGGAAACAAAGAAUAUCCUGACUUGUGUUCUGUUCUACUAGAACACGAAGCCGAUGUUGAUGCAGUGGAUGCAGAUGGCAACCAACCACUACACUUGGCAUGUAAACGAGGGCAUUUUGCAACUGGAAGUUUAUUGUUAUCUCAUGGAGCUGAUGUGACUGCUCUUGACAAGCAACAAAGAAUACCUUUACAUUUGGCCAGUGAAUCCAUAUUGCAAUCUGCCAGAGUAGGGAGUAGUUAUGCUUUGCACAUAGCCAGUGAAUCCAUAUUGCAAUCUGCCAGAGUAGGUAGUAGUUAUGCUUUGCACAUAGCAGCUGACAAUGGUAACAUUCAGGCUGUCCAACUAUUAGUGGGUUGUGGAACAGAUGUAAAUGCGAUGAAUAGCAGUGGAAAAACACCGCUACAUACAGCAGCUGGUGGAAAGGGAGACUGUUCUGAAUUGUGUUUAAUUUUAUUAGAACACAAUGUUGAGAUUGAUGCAGUGGAUGAAGAUGGCAACCAACCACUACACUUGGCAUGUAAAAAAGGUCAUACAAGAAUUUGUAUGCUAUUACUCUCUAAUGGAGCAGAUGUGAAUGCAGUGAAUAGAAGCAAUCAAACAGCACUGCAUGCAGCAGCUAGUAGCAAUAGAGAUUGUUCUGAAUUGUGUUCAAUUUUACUAGAACACAAAGCCAAGAUUGAUGCAGUGGAUGAAGAUGGCAACCAACCACUACACUUGGCAUGUAAACAAGGUCAUACAAAAACUUGUUGGCUAUUACUCUCUAAGGGAGCAGAUGUGAAAGCAGUGAAUAAAUAUGCAAAAACACCACUACUUAUAGCAGCCGGUGGAAACAAAGAAUAUCCUGACUUGUGUUCUGUUUUACUAGAACAUGAAGCCGAUGUUGAUGCAGUGGAUGCAGAUGGCAACCAACCACUACACUUGGCAUGUAAACGAGGGCAUUUUGCAACUGGAAGUUUAUUGUUAUCUCAUGGAGCUGAUGUGACUGCUCUUGACAAGCAACAAAGAAUACCUUUACAUUUGGCCAGUGAAUCCAUAUUGCAAUCUGCCAGAGUAGGUAGUAGUUAUGCUUUGCACAUAGCAGCUGACAAUGGUAACAUUCAGGCUGUCCAACUAUUAGUGGGUUGUGGAGCAGAUGUGAAUGCAGUGAAUAGAAGCAAUCAAACACCACUACUUGCAGCAGCUAGUAGCAAUAGAGAUUGUUCUGAAUUGUGUUCAAUUUUACUAGAACACAAAGCCAAGAUUGAUGCAGUGGAUGAAGAUGGCAAUCAACCACUACACUUGGCAUGUAGACAAGGUCAUAUAGAAACUUGUACGCUAUUACUCUCUAAUGGAGCAGAUGUGAAUGCAGUGAAUAGAAGCAAUCAAACACCACUACUUGCAGCAGCUAGUAGCAAUAGAGAUUGUUCUGAAUUGUGUUCAAUUUUACUAGAACACAAAGCCAAGAUUGAUGCAGUGGAUGAAGAUGGCAACCAACCACUACACUUGGCAUGUAAACAAGGUCAUACAAAAACUUGUAGGCUAUUACUCUUUAAGGGAGCAGAUGUGAAAGCAGUGAAUAAAUAUGCAAAAACACCACUACUUAUAGCAGCCGGUGGAAACAAAGAAUAUUUUGACUUGUGUUCUCUUUUACUAGAACAUGAAGCCGAUGUUGAUGCAGUGGAUGCAGAUGGCAACCAACCACUACACUUGGCAUGUAAACGAGGGCAUUUUGCAACUGGAAGUUUAUUGUUAUCUCAUGGAGCUGAUGUGACUGCUCUUGACAAGCAACAAAGAAUACCUUUAUAUUUGGCCAGUGAAUCCAUAUUGCAAUCUGCCAGAGUAGGUAGUAGUUAUGCUUUGCACAUAGCAGCUGACAAUGGUAACAUUCAGGCUGUCCAACUAUUAGUGGGUUGUGGAGCAGAUGUGAAUGCAGUGAAUAGAAGCAAUCAAACACCACUACUUGCAGCAGCUAGUAGCAAUAGAGAUUGUUCUGAAUUGUGUUCAAUUUUACUAGAACACAAAGCCAAGAUUGAUGCAGUGGAUGAAGAUGGCAACCAACCACUACACUUGGCAUGUAGACAAGGUCAUAUAGAAACUUGUACGCUAUUACUCUCUAAUGGAGCAGAUGUGAAUGCAGUGAAUAGAAGCAAUCAAACACCACUACUUGCAGCAGCUAGUAGCAAUAGAGAUUGUUCUGAAUUGUGUUCAAUUUUACUAGAACACAAAGCCAAGAUUGAUGCAAUGGAUGAAGAUGGCAACCAAUCACUACACUUGGCAUGCAAACAAGGUCAUACAAGAACUUGUUGGCUAUUAGUCUCUAAUGGAGCAGAUGUGAAUGCAGUGAAUAGAAGCAAUCAAACAGCACUGCAUGCAGCAGCUAGUAGCAAUAGAGAUUAUUCUGAAUUGUGUUCAAUUUUACUAGAACACAAAGCCAAGAUUGAUGCAGUGGAUGAAGAUGGCAAGCAACCACUACACUUGGCAUGCAAGCAAAGGCAUGCCGCAACUGGGAAUUUAUUGUUAUCUCAUGGGGCUGAUGUGACUGCUCUUGACAAGCAACAAAGAAUACCUUUAGAUUUGGCAAGUGAAUCCAUAUUGGAAUCUGCUAUAGUAGAUGAUAGUAGUCAUGCUUUGCACAUAGCAGCUGACAAUGAUAACAUUCAGACUGUCCAACUAUUAGUGGGUUGUGGAGCAGAUGUAAACGCAUUGAAUAAAAGUGGACAAACACCACUACAUACAGCUGCUGGUGGAUUGGAAGACUGUCGUGAAUUGUGUUCUAUUUUAGUAGAACAUAAAGCCAAGAUUGAUACAGUGGAUGAAGAUGGCAACCAACCACUACACUUGGCAUGCAAACAAGGUCAUACAAGAACUUGUAGGCUAUUACUCUCUAAGGGAGCAGAUGUGAAAGCAGUGAAUAGAAGCAAUCAAACACCACUACUUGCAGCAGCUAGUAGCAAUAGAAAUUGUUCUGAAUUGUGUUCAAUUUUAUUAGAACACAAAGCCAAGAUUGAUGCAGUGGAUAAAGGUGGCAACCAAUCACUACACUUGGCAUGCAAACAAGGUCAUACAAGAACUUGUAGGCUAUUACUCUCUAAUGGAGCAGAUGUGAAAGCAGUAAAUAGAAGCAAUCAAACACCAUUACAUGCAGCAGCUAGUAGCAAUAGAGAUUGUUCUGAAUUGUGUUCAAUUUUAUUAGAACACAAAGCCAAGAUUGAUGCAGUGGAUAAAGGUGGCAACCAAUCACUACACUUGGCAUGCAAACAAGGUCAUACAAGAACUUGUAGGCUAUUACUCUCUAAUGGAGCAGAUGUGAAAGCAGUAAAUAGAAGCAAUCAAACACCAUUACAUGCAGCAGCUAGUAGCAAUAGAGAUUGUUCUCAAUUGUGUUCAAUUUUAUUAGAACACAAAGCCAAGAUUGAUGCAGUGGAUGAAGAUGGCAACCAAUCACUACACUUGGCAUGCAAACAAGGUCAUACAAGAACUUGUAGGCUAUUACUCUCUAACGGAGCAGAUGUGAAAGCAGUGAAUAGAAGCAAUCAAACACCAUUACAUGCAGCAGCUAGUAGCAAUAGAGAUUGUUCUCAAUUGUGUUCAAUUUUACUAGAACACAAAGCCAAGAUUGAUGCAGUGGAUGAAGAUGGCAAUCAAUCACUACACUUGGCAUGCAAACAAGGUCAUACAAGAACUUGUAGGCUAUUACUCUCUAAGGGAGCAGAUGUGAAAGCAGUGAAUAGAAGCAAUCAAACACCAUUACAUGCAGCAGCUAGUAGCAAUAGAGAUUGUUCUCAAUUGUGUUCAAUUUUACUAAAACACAAAUCCAAUAUUGAUGCAGUGGAUGAAGAUGGCAACCAACCACUACACUUGGCAUGUAAAAAAGGUCAUACAAGAAUUUGUAUGCUAUUACUCUCUAAUGGAGCAGAUGUGAAUUCAGUGAAUAGAAGCAAUCAAACAGCACUGCAUGCAGCAGCUAGUAGCAAUAGAGAUUGUUCUGAAUUGUGUUCAAUUUUACUAGAACACAAAGCCAAGAUUGAUGCAGUGGAUGAAGAUGGCAACCAACCACUACACUUGGCAUGUAAACAAGGUCAUACAAAAACUUGUUGGCUAUUACUCUCUAAUGGAGCAGAUGUGAAAGCAGUGAAUAAAUAUGCAAAAACACCACUACUUAUAGCAGCCGGUGGAAACAAAGAAUAUUUUGACUUGUGUUCUCUUUUACUAGAACAUGAAGCCGAUGUUGAUGCAGUGGAUGCAGAUGGCAACCAACCACUACACUUGGCAUGUAAACGAGGGCAUUUUGCAACUGGAAGUUUAUUGUUAUCUCAUGGAGCUGAUGUGACUGCUCUUGACAAGCAACAAAGAAUACCUUUACAUUUGGCCAGUGAAUCCAUAUUGCAAUCUGCCAGAGUAGGUAGUAGUUAUGCUUUGCACAUAGCAGCUGACAAUGGUAACAUUCAGGCUGUCCAACUAUUAGUGGGUUGUGGAGCAGAUGUGAAUGCAGUGAAUAGAAGCAAUCAAACACCACUACUUGCAGCAGCUAGUAGCAAUAGAGAUUGUUCUGAAUUGUGUUCAAUUUUACUAGAACACAAAGCCAAGAUUGAUGCAGUGGAUGAAGAUGGCAACCAACCACUACACUUGGCAUGCAAGCAAAGGCAUGCCGCAACUGGGAAUUUAUUGUUAUCUCAUGGGGCUGAUGUGACUGCUCUAAACAAGCAACAAAGAAGACCUUUAGAUUUGGCAAGUGAAUCCAUAUUGGAAUCUGCUAUAGUAGAUGAUAGUAGUCAUGCUUUGCACAUAGCAGCUGAAAAUGGUAACAUUCAGACUGUCCAACUAUUAGUGGGUUGUGGAGCAGAUGUAAACGCAUUGAAUAAAAGUGGACAAACACCACUACAUACAGCUGCUGGUGGAUUGGAAGACUGUCGUGAAUUGUGUUCUAUUUUAGUAGAACAUAAAGCCAAGAUUGAUGCAGUGGAUGAAGAUGGCAACCAACCACUACACUUGGCAUGCAAACAAGGUCAUACAAGAACUUGUAGGCUAUUACUCUCUAACGGAGCAGAUGUGAAAGCAGUGAAUAGAAGCAAUCAAACACCAUUACAUGCAGCAGCUAGUAGCAAUAGAGAUUGUUCUGAAUUGUGUUCAAUUUUACUAGAACACAAAGCCAAGAUUGAUGCAGUGGAUGAAGAUGGCAACCAAUCACUACACUUGGCAUGCAAACAAGGUCAUACAAGAACUUGUAGGCUAUUACUCUCUAAGGGAGCAGAUGUGAAAGCAGUGAAUAGAAGCAAUCAAACACCACUACUUGCAGCAGCUAGUAGCAAUAGAGAUUGUUCUGAAUUGUGUUCAAUUUUACUAAAACACAAAGCCAAGAUUGAUGCAGUGGAUAAAGAUGGCAACCAACCACUACACUUGGCAUGCAAACAAGGUCAUACAAGAACUUGUAGGCUAUUACUCUCUAAUGGAGCAGAUGUGAAAGCAGUGAAUAGAACCAAUCAAACACCACUACAUGCAGCAGCUGGGAGCAGUGAAGAUUGUUCUGAAUUGUGUUCAAUUUUACUGCAACAUGAAGCCAAUAUUGACGCAGUGGAUGAAGAUGGCAACCAACCACUUCAUUUGGCAUGCAAGGAUUAUGGCACUGUAAACAAAAGGCACCCGCUUUCUUUGGUACUAAUUGAAUAUUUAAGUCAGCUUGGGAAUUCAGCUCACAGUUCGACUGUUCGGUUGUUAAUUAAUUGUGGAGCUCCUACAAAUGCAGUGAAUAGAGAUGGACAAACACCAUUACAUACAGCAGCUGGUGGAGUGAUAGACAGUCCUGAAUUGUGUUCUACUUUACUAAAAUACAACGCCAGGAUUGAUGCAGUGGAUAAAGAUGGCAACCAACCACUACAUUUGGCCUGUGAGUCUGGUUUACCAUCAACAGUUAAACAUCUUUUGGAUUGCAAUGCUGAUGUGUUUGCUACCAAUAAUUUUCAUCAAACUGCUCUUCAUAAAGCAGCUUUUGGCAAGAAUGAUUGCCCUGAGGUUUGUGCAAUGCUCAUAGCAAAGGGAGCUAGCGUGAAUGCUACAGACGGCAAUGGAGCUACAUCGCUACAGGUUGCAUUUCAGAAAGGACAUAUGAAAACAGUUGAUGUGUUAGUUGAAAAUGGUGCUGAUCGCAGUGUACUGAAUUCUGAUGAUGACGAAAGCAACAUCUCUGCUGGUGUCAGAAAUGUUAAGGCUACAACAACUAUGACGGAAGAAUCAACAGAAGAAAAUAUAACUGAGAUGGCACAAGUGAAGCCAAUAGCUACACUGGAGAUAACGGUUGGUCCUGAAGGUGGACGCUACAGUUCAGGCAGUUUGUCCAUUUUGAUUCCUGAAGGUGCUGUGAGCGAACCAGUCAACCUAAACAUGCACAUGUUUGUUGACGAAAGACUAAUACCACCUUCUGCUCCAGCCAAUGAUGGAUACAUUUUGAGUCCAUUUUACGCUUUUGAACCUCAUGGAUUAACAUUUCUCAAACAUGUCAAAGUAUACUUACCUCCUCCUGUUGAUUCGAAAGGAUGGCAUUUGUCACUCAUGAGAGCUAUGUGCGAUACUUCUACGCCGUCUCAAUCAUGGCAGCCGAAAGCCAUAGUGACAUUUAAUUCUGAUUUGGACGAAGUGAAUGUUGAUGGCGUAGACUGUGAGUAUGACCUUGCCAGUGGUACAUUGAAUGUAAAUCACUUGUGUUGGCAUUGGUGGUUCGGAAAGUCUGUUGACAUGUUUAUGGCUUCGAAAACAAUGCGUUUUUCUGUGUUUGGUUAUCAAGAAAGACCGUUAUUGAAUAUUUGGAAUCUCACUAUUCACUGCCAUGACAGUUGUCGUGAGGUUAUUGAGGAUAUGAAACGUGAUGAAAGUAGUGCGUCACCAAAGCGUCAUUUCUUAUGUUUGAAUCGAGAAAUGAAAAUAAACUGUAAAGACGACAUUGAAUUUAGUAUUACAGAUGGUGAUUGGGAAGCUACUUCACAGCUACCGACUGUAGCUGCUCCUGAAUUCUGGGACAACUGGAAAUGUUUGGACGCAAAAUAUGACGUAAUUGUGGAGUUCAAGCAUGGUGAUGAUGACCAUCGCUCAAACAGAUGCAUCGUAGAUAUUAAGCAGGGCAAUGAAACACUUCAUCUAAAGUUUACUCCUCGUCUUGUUCAGGACAUUCAGGAUGACAGAAGAUCAGAUAUCGAAUGUGCAGUGUCGAGUUCACCGUUGGCUACAGCUGAUGAGAUGGUCACCGCAAAGGAGCUGCAUAGUCUCGCCGAAGUUAUACAAAGCUGGUGGGAAAAGUUUGCUUUGACUUUGGAUCCGGACAUGUUUACACUUUUAGGUAAUCUUGCCAUCAUAAAACAGGAGCAGGACACUCCUGAACUUCGAGCUCAGGCUAUGUUAGAGAAGUGGCGUGCCAAUCUUCCUGAUAAAGCCCAUCGUCGACUGCUGAUCACUCCAUUACUGGAACGAGGACGUAGAAUUGAGGCAAACAAAGUUUUUGGAGUAGAUGUUGUGGGGCAGGUAUCACCAUCAUAAUGAAGUUAGAAGAAGAGGCAAUAAGGAAAAAAGGCUGAUGACUGUAUAGGAUCCACAUGGAAAUCAUUAUACAUGAUCAUUGUAAUAUAGUGUUUGGGAGCUGUACAAAGGCUGACUUUCAUUUAGCUCAUAUGUCAUAUGAGGACAUUAGUGUUUUAUCUAUUUUAUUUUAUUGUGUACAUACACUGAUUGAAGUUUUAUUUUCUUGAAAGACAAACAUUUACCAUACAAA